AAAAAAUUUUGACUUUUCAAUUUUUGUGAAAUAUGUCAAUUGUCAAGUGUGUCUCUUCACUCUUGCAGUUAGCUUUCCCAUUAACAGACGAAAACAGUUAACCAAUAGCUAAUUUGAUGAUAUAUGAAGUACUGUUAUGAGUAAUUCUUACCAAAAUAAAUGGAAAGGCAAUGGCCGAAAAAAUUGGAAGAAUUAUAAAAGGAAAAAUAACCAGUUUACUACAGAUAAUCAUGAAUGUCAUUCCAGUAAUUCAGUUUCUAGCAAUGAAAAUGUAGAAGAUAGCUUAUUUCAAGGUUGGAAACUAUAUUUUCCCUUUGAAAAAUAUGAUAAAGACAGUUUAACAGUAAAAUAUGCAUUAGCCAUCAAGUCGUUCCUCAAUAAAGAUAAACAAAAUAUUUCCAUUGAACAGCUUAUUGAAAACAAAUCAUAUCUUUUGAAUGUCGAACUUUUAUAUCAAGAUGAAGAUUUCUCAUCAGUUUGGUUAAAUUUUUGGGAGGAGUUGACUAAUCGACCAAAUUACACACUGCUGUGUUUAGGUCUUGCUAUUCAUCAGUACGCAUUGGAUGAAUUGAACAAAAGUAUUGAAAACGAUUCUUCUGUGUUCAGAGACUUGCCAAUUAUACAUCCUAGAGUUAUAAAUUUUGGUCCCCAUUUUCAAUUGAAAUGUUUAAAAGCAGAUACUGAUGGAAAAUUAGUUUUAAUAUACGGUACAGUAAUAAAAGUGAGCAGUCUAAAAUUUCAAUGUUCGUGUUUAGGUUUUACGUGUAAUUCAUGUGGGUCUGUUCAAAGCGUACGGCAGCCCGACGGUGUGUUUACAAAACCCAAAAGUUGUGACAACGUAGCCUGCCGCAAUCGUUCAUUUGUUGUUAAUAAAAGUUCACCUCUCACUCAAACCAUAAAUUGUCAGACGAUUAGAGUUCAAGAACUACAAAGUGACGAUCAAAGAGAAAGCGGUAGAGUACCCAGAACUGUCGAAUGUGAGCUUACUAACGAUUUGGUUUACACGUGUAUUCCAGGAGACGUAGUCACAGUAACUGGAGUCGUUAAGAAAAAAACAUGUACGCAGAAUAAACAAAGUGGUCAAAACAAAGAAUCUAAUACGUUUAUUCAAUACAUUGAGGUUGUUUCUAUACAAAAUAGUAAAAAUCAAUCCAAAGGAAACGUAACCAGCACUAAUGUACAAUUUACAAUGAAAGAUUAUUAUUCAAUUCAAAAGCUUCAUUCUAAACCUCAUCUUUUCGAGCUCAUGGUUAACUCGUUGUGUCCUAGCAUAUACGGCCAUGAGAUGGUGAAGGCAGGAUUACUAUUGUCUUUGUUCGGAGGUAGUAGUUCAAAUCAAACCCGAGGGGAUGUUCAUGUUUUAGUCGUUGGGGAUCCCGGACUUGGAAAAUCUCAAAUGCUUCAGUCAGUAUGUAAUAUUUCUCCUCGUGGCGUAUUCGUCUGUGGAAGUACUUGUUCUUCAGCUGGGUUAACCGUUAGUCUGACACGAGAAAAAGGUAUAGAUUUUUCCUUAGAAGCCGGAGCAGUAGUGUUAGCCGAUCAAGGUGUUUGUUGUAUUGACGAGUUUGAUAAAAUGACACAAGAUCAUAACACACUUCUAGAAGCCAUGGAACAACAGACGAUAAGUAUCGCAAAAGGAGGAGUAAUAUGUUCUCUUCCUUGUCGUACCACUAUAAUGGCAGCGGCCAAUCCAAUAGGAGGUCACUACGACCCCGGGAAAAGUGUUUUGGAUAAUUUGAAAAUGAGCCAAGCGAUGUUGUCGCGUUUCGAUUUAAUAUUUUUGUUGUUAGAUACACCAGACGAGUUUGCUGAUAAAAAAUUAACAGCUCAUGUUCUGAACAUGCAUUCGACUACAAUUAAGCCUAGUGAAAAUGCAAGCGGUUCUUUACCAAUCAAUACUACAUCUCUUAAAGACAGAUUAUCGGUAAAUUUUGAAAACGGUGAAUUUAUUUCUCACGCGGAAUUGCGUAAAUACAUUGCAUAUGCCAGGAAAUACGUCCCGUUUCCGACACUGUCGGAUGAUGCCAAAAAAAUGCUACAGGAAUUUUUCAUUGAACUUCGCAAAAAUAAUCUAAGCUACGGUAUUCCAAUUACUGUAAGACAGCUUGAGUCCUGUAUUAGAUUGGCACAAGCACGGGCAAAAGUAGAUUUACGGGAGGAAGUUACCGCGAAAGAUGCUUAUGAAGUUAUCGAGUUACUUAAUUUUAGCCUCGUAAAAACUCAGUGUGAUGAAUUUAGCGGUUUUGGUUUUAAAAAGAAUGCAAAAAAAAUGGGUGUCAGAGCACAGUCAAGAAAAUUACUAGCUGAACUACAAAGACAUGGUAAAACCGAACGUUUAUUUAGUAUCGAUCAGAUGAAAAUGUAUGCGAAUCAAUUAAAUAUACCGGUAUUGGACUUUUAUAACAUAGUGGAUUUAUUGAAUAAUGAAGCGGUUAUUAUCAAAAAAGGAAAUAAUAUGUAUGAAUUAAAAAUAUAACAUGUAUUUUAAACAUGAUGUAUACCUACUUUUUUUUAUUGGAAAUAUAUGAAUCAAGAUUUUCACUUUGAGUACGUUUAUUCAUAUAUUUUUAACGAAUCCUUCCAAAACAUCGUCCUGUUUUCAUUUCG